AUGGAUAUAGACGAAUUACUAGACUUCCAACCAGCCCGUACGUUGAAACGUGCCCCUGAUGGUGAUGGAGAUGGAGACUUCGAGGGCAUGUUCAAACGCAAAGCAGUGGAGGCACCACAGAAGAAGAACUACGAAGACAUGACGGAUGAAGAACGUCUGGCUUUGGUGAUGGAGCUGGACGAAGACAAAACAGCAGAGAUGGACGACGGAACAGUGAAGAGAAUGAUCCUGAAUCUGGAGAAGAAGUACACAAAGAACCAGGAAUUGCGCAUCAAGCACACGGAACAGCCGGAAAAGUUCAUGGAGAGUGAGAUAGAACUUCAUGUGGAGGUGGGAAAGUGUCUGACUAUAGCGACACAGCCCCAGCUGUUCCCUGUACUGGUACAGUGCAAAGGAGUGAAGCUUAUCGUGUCCCUUCUUGGGCAUCCUAACUCUGAUAUCGUGUUAGGAGUGGUUGAUCUCCUUCACGAACUAACUGACACUGAUGUUAUCAACGAAGCUAUUGAUGAUGCUUUGGAGCUUGUUGAAGCUCUUGUCCAAAACCAGAUUAUGUCAGUUCUUGUUCAAGUUCUCGAGGCUCUCGACGAGAAAAACGAGGAUGAAGCCAAAGGUCUCCACAACAUUCUGGGUAUUGCUGAAAAUUUAGUGGAAGCAGAUCCGGAACUAGCAGAUCACGCCUUCACACAAGGUCUCCUAGCCUGGAUCCUUAACAGACUCAAGGUACGAUCAUUCGAUCAGAACAAGUUGUAUUGUUCUGAGUUGCUUGCUAUCCUUUUGCAAUCCUCUGUCUCUAAUAGGACCCAACUAGGGAACAUAGAGGGUAUAGACACCAUGUUGCAAGCCCUGGCGCUCUACAAGAGACGUAACCCUCAAAUAGCUGAAGAGCAGGAAAUGAUGCACAACUUGUUUGAUAGUCUCUGUCUCUCCUUGCUAGCUUCAGAAAACAGGGAUAUCUUCCUAAAGGGUGAGGGUGUAGAGCUGAUGAUCCUCAUGUUACGAGAGAAAAAGAUGUCCCGACCUCCUGCCCUCAAAGUGCUCAACUUUGCCCUCCAAGGAGAUGAGGGUAUUAAUUGUUGCGCAAAGUUUAUAGAUGUAUACGGACUACGAUCUCUCUUUCCUUGCUUCAUGAAAACUCCUGGUAAGAAGGUUAAACGUGGUGGUUUCAGUGAACAAGAGUGGGUGGAACAUGUCACCUCCAUCAUAUCACAUCUGCUGAGAAACUUAUCAGGCUCCCAACUCCAGAGACUCAUGAAUAAGUUUGUUGAGGAUGAUCAUCUCAAAGUAGACAGGCUUGUUGAACUUCAUCUCUUCUAUCUGUACCGAGCCAAGGCUGUGGACAGAGAUAUCGAAGAGGAGAAAUUACAAUUGGAGGAUGUAGAUGAGGAGAAGGAGAAUGAGUUUUAUAUGAAGAGACUCGACGUUGGACUCUUCACACUUCAGAGACUAAACUAUAUAAUUCUCAGUAUAGGAACUGCUGGUAUUAGCACCGUUUUUGAUAGAGUGAGACAACUGUUAAAUCUGAAGGGGGAGACAUUAGAGCCAGUUAGGGAGAUUAUGCAGGAGUAUGCUGACAGUUUGGGCGAUGAUAAGAAUAAGGCUAACGAAGAAAAGUUGAACAUUAAUCACAUGAUAAAUCAGCUGACUUGAAGAAUGUUGUUUUAAGAGGGUGAUUACUAGUUUUAUCACCGUUUUUACAGUUUAACAUUUCAUGUGAUGGUUCUAAGAGAGUUGAAAGAUGAUCGAAUAUAGCAAUAAAUAUUUGACCAGUGUGGAAAUAAAGUUUUCAGAUUCAAAUACUAUGCAAUAACUUUAAAUUAUUUGUGAUGGAUGUUUUGUGUGGUUUUUCACGUUUUACAGAUGACAAGUUGCUA